GGUUAGGUAGUUCCCGAAGUCACGUCGAAGAACAAUACAAUCAGCUGUUCGUUUAUCGAAUCCACAAAAAAAAAUCUAACCAAAGCUGUCAUUGUCGACAGGGAGAGUUAAGGCAAAGACCAGUGAAAUGUCAUUCCUCUUUGAUUGGAUCUACAGAGGCUUUAGUGGUGUGCUACAGUUUUUAGGGUUGUACAAAAAAUCUGGAAAGUUGGUUUUCCUAGGGUUGGAUAAUGCUGGUAAAACAACCCUUCUGCAUAUGCUGAAAGAUGACAGACUUGGACAGCAUGUGCCCACGUUGCAUCCAACAUCGGAAGAGUUGACGAUAGCUGGAAUGACAUUCACCACGUUUGAUCUGGGCGGUCACGUACAAGCUAGAAGAGUUUGGAAGAACUACCUACCGGCUAUCAAUGGAGUUGUCUUUCUGGUUGACUGUGCUGACCAUGACCGCCUUACAGAAUCUAAGAUCGAACUUGAUGCUCUGAUAGCAGAUGAGACCAUCCUCUCUGUGCCUGUGCUGGUCCUGGGUAACAAGAUAGACCGUCCUGAAGCCAUCAGUGAGGGGGGACUGAGAGAGGCGUUCGUUCUCGAUGGUCAAUGCACUGGAAAGGGUAACGUGUCGUUGAAGGAUCUGCAGGCACGACCUCUGGAGGUUUUCAUGUGCAGUGUCCUGAAGAAGCAGGGCUAUGGAGAUGGCUUCAGGUGGCUGGCGCAAUACAUCGACUGACAACUAGGCAGCGGUUCUUUUACUAAACGGACUCCAUCUUUCUGGGGGGGGGAAUGAAGAAGAUAAGCUAUCAAAUGAAAUGGGCAUUAUCGUCAACCCCCACCCCCCCCCCAUGUGGAAAGAUGUGAAGCUCCAAUAAUACGCUUUCUGAUUAAGUACAUCUGUCAAUUUCAUCAUUAAUCGGUCGGUUUUAAAGGUUUCUAUCUAUGCAAACUUUUAAAAGUGGUUCAUGGUCACAAGAUUCAAGAUGGGCUUGCGUGUAAUACUAUGUCCAUUAAUUAUAACGUCAACCCGUUCUCUGGCAUGUAAUUAGAGUAUCCCGAUUCUAUCCCAACAGAUUUGAUCAUAUCUGCAAUUCAAGCUACAA